AUGGCAAAAAAUUGUGCAGCAGGGGUUUUAGCAGCCAUGGUCUCUGCAACUCUUGGUCUAGAUUCUGCUUAUGCAGAUGGGAAUUUUAGUUUUAAUCCAUUCUCCACUUCUUCUCCGCCGCCUCCACAGGCCGCUUCUGAACCGGAGAAGCCGCCAGCCACAGAGCCGACACGGAUUCGAAAUGAUAAUCCGAGGACCACAUCAGCUGGGUUCGAUCCUGAGGCCUUGGAGAGGGGUGCUAAGGCUUUGAGAGAGAUUAAUAGCUCGGGGAAUGCCAAAAAGGUCUUUGAGGUUAUGAAGAAGCAAGAAGAGACAAGGCAGCAAGAGUUAGCUGCAAAAGCAGCAGAGUUUAAGGCAAUGCAAGCUCAAGAAGAAAUUGAGAGAGAGAGGGUUGUAUAUGAUGAACAGAAAAAGUUAGCUCAGCAACAGGCACAAAUCAAGUCGCAAAUGGCUCGCUAUGAGGAUGAAUUGGCGAGGAAAAGGAUGCAGGCAGAGAAUGAACAUCAAAGAGCAAGAAAUCAAGAGCUCGUAAAAAUGCAAGAGGAAUCAGCUAUGAGGCAAGAAGCAACUAGACGAGCUACGGAGGAGCAGAUUCAAGCACAGCGUCGCCAAACUGAACGAGAAAAGGCUGAGAUAGAACGUGAAACAAUUAGGGUGAGGGCUUUGGCAGAAGCAGAGGGAAGAGCCCAUGAAGCAAAGCUCGCAGAGGACGUAAACAGAAGAAUGCUAGUAGACCGUGCAAAUGCAGAGCGAGAGAAAUGGGUCGCUGCUAUUAACACGACUUUUGAUCACAUUGGAGGGGGGUUACGGGAAAUUUUAACAGAUCAAAAUAAGCUGGUUGUAGCUGUCGGAGGUGUGACGGCUCUUGCAGCUGGGAUCUACACAACAAGGGAAGGUGCAAGGGUGAUUUGGAGUUAUGUGGACCGAAUAUUAGGACAACCAUCUCUGAUAAGGGAGUCUUCCAGGGGGAAAUACCCAUGGUCAGGCUUGUUUUCACGUGCCAUGACUAAUAAAAGUUCUGGCACCCAACGUGCAAAUGGUUUUGGUGAUGUUAUUUUACACCCUUCUCUUCAAAAACGUAUCGAACAGUUGGCUAACGCAACUGCAAAUACAAAAGCUCAUCAAGCACCAUUUAGAAAUAUGCUUUUCUACGGGCCUCCAGGAACAGGGAAAACGAUGGCUGCUAGAGAGCUUGCGCGCAAAUCUGGGCUUGACUAUGCAUUGAUGACUGGAGGUGAUGUAGCACCACUUGGCUCUCAGGCUGUUACAAAGAUACAUCAACUAUUUGAUUGGGCAAAAAAGUCGAACAGGGGUUUGUUGCUUUUCAUUGAUGAAGCAGAUGCAUUUUUGUGCGAGAGGAACAAAACCUAUAUGAGUGAAGCUCAAAGGAGCGCACUCAAUGCACUUCUAUUUCGGACAGGUGAUCAGUCCAAAGAUAUCGUUCUAGCUCUUGCGACGAAUCGCCCGGGUGAUCUUGAUUCAGCCGUGGCAGACCGUAUUGAUGAGGUCCUGGAAUUCCCUUUGCCUGGUGAAGCCGAACGCUUCAAAUUACUGAAACUCUAUAUGGACAAGUACAUAGCUCGAGCUGGGGCAAGAAAACCGGGCUUGUUCUCUUCUUUGUUUCAGAAAGAUCAAAAGAAGAUCGAGAUCGUGGGCAUAAAUGAUGAUAUUCUUAAGGAAUCUGCAGCAAAAACUGAGGGGUUUUCAGGAAGAGAGAUAGCGAAGCUGAUGGCAAGCGUUCAAGCAGCUGUUUACGGGAGCAAGAACUGCAUAUUGGAUCCAAAUUUGUUCCGAGAAGUGGUGGAUUAUAAAGUUGCAGAGCAUCAACAGAGAAGGAAACUUGCAGCGGGUGAAGGAGAAGGUGAUGCGAAGUAA